CGAGAUCAUCAUUUCUGGUUAGAAACUGGUUUUUCUUGGCACCUAAACUGAAAGUUGCCAAAUCGAACGACUUUGCAGCGUCAAGUUUAAGUGAGCUGAUCGCUUUGCUCAGGGCUCUCGAUCGGCUCUCGUGGUAUGAGCAGGGAACUCAAAAAACAUGAAACAAAUUAUAACGCAACAGUUUACAUUUUCCACCAAUGGACCUAGCUUCGUCGCGGACCCUAUGCUUCCGGUAGUAUGGAAAAUAAAAAAAGGGUUGGAAUCGCUGACCGGACGUGGUCUCCUAUUCAGUUAUUCCUUUUUUCUAUACGUAUGAGGCCUCAUCAUAUAAAAGCCGCGUCUGUCUCCCUUCGAUUGUAUUCGGCUUCGUCCGGACUAGCAAGUAAUUUCGUGAGGAGACCACUUUUAUAUUCAGAUUUGCAGAACUCUUGGCUUCUUCAAAUUCAACAGAAAUGCCUCACCUGUCAGCCAUAUUCUCGUUGGCCACUUUGGCCUAUGCUUCAACAACGGUUAUACCCACUUCAUGCUUCAAUUCGUACUCUGAGCUGGAAACCUACUUUGGAUAUUUGUACCCGUGGGGUUCCGAUCAUAAUGGUGCCGCAAGAAUGGUCGGAAACUCGUCUGACCAUGAUUACAUUACGAUCAAGACUGCAGGUACCCUUACGCUAACUGCUGUACCUACAAGCGGUCAGCCAGCCACCAGCGGCGGCAUUGAUAUCGACUACCUUUCUGGAACAGUGUAUGCUCUGAAUAAACUCACUGUUGAGUCUGGAUCUGGUUACGACAUUCAAGCGUCGUUUCAAGCUCCGACAGAAAAAGGGACUUGGCCAGCAUUCUGGGUCACUGGUGCAAAUUCGUGGCCUCCGGAGAUUGAUAUCGCCGAGUGGAAAGGAAACGGCGACAUCUCUUUCAAUACAUUCAACACUUCCUCUUCCGUCGAAGCAAAGAACUUGGAAUAUGAUUCACCGGAUAACUUCCACACGGUCAAAGCUGAGAUUCGGGACGAAGAUGGCUCGAACAUCUCCGUCAAGUUCUACCUAGAUGGUAUUCUCAUGACCACUCAAUAUGGCUCUGACUAUAUUGACGAACCGUUGUGGCUUAUUAUUGACCUGCAAAUGGAAGGGUCUUCUGGCUCUCCGGGUCCAACAACAAACACAACAUAUUCAAUCAAGGAUCUCUCCGUCGUCAAGAUCUAGAUGAUAUCUUCUCAAUUUCUACUGUCAUAUGACAGGUGGUAAGUUGGAUAACAGCUCACUCAUCGAUCCUGGCCUAUCGCACAUGGCCUUUGUUUUCACCAUAGUAUAUUUCUUGUCUAUACAUUCGUUCGAUGGAAAAGUCAGAAGAUCUGAAAUUCUGAGGCAGUGAGCACAACCCCAUUGUUCAAAUCUUGAUAGGCAGAAUACAAUGUCUCAGCAAAAAAUUGGAUAAUUCUGCCUAAUUUUCCUAAUGCAUAGCGCUGUUAGAGGCAGUAAUUUUUCCAGCAAUAACAUUCAUUUCCGC